CACCCCGCCCCCUUCUGCUCCCCGACCUUGGAAACAACAACGCUUAACAGCAGCCAAAACAAAAUGGGAGCGUCUCUGGACACCCCGGCGAGGUGUCCUCUCUGCAACGAGUUGACCCGGGACCCCGUCAUUCUGAAAUGUAACCACCGGUUCUGCCAGCGGUGUCUCGGGGACUUGUGGAGUAUUUCCCCGAACGGCCCGUACCACUGUCCGGAGUGGAGGUGUAAAACCGUGUACCAGACUCUGCCGUUUGAUCGCCCGCUGUCGUCCACCAGCAGUCGAUGGGCGCCGCCUCGCAGCGAUGCAGGUAAAUCUGGUAAUGGUGAACAAAAUCCAUCAGAUCCCUCGCUGCGGAGGCCCUCGCUCACCAGCAGACUUCUCGGGAAGAGAAAAGCCAGCACAUCAGUAUCCGAGCAACCUGAGACCAAACGAUCAACUGAGGAGUCCCCCCGUGAGCGGUCCAAUGACACCGAGACUCCUACCACUUCCUUUUCGGAUAAAACCCGGCAGGCUACGAGUGUGGGGACAUCCAAGAAAGCAGGGCUCCAAGAAUUCACCAGGUCUGAGCUUGCUGAUGACAAGAAGUCUUUCAGUGACAAUUCUGACAGCAAGGCAGUGCCUGCAAGGGACGUUCCACCAGACAUCUCUAUCCAGCAGAAGCAGCAUAAAUCAGUUGAAAUGAUCUCAUUGGAUAACUCCGACACCUCCAAUGAGGUUGAUAUAUGCGAUGCUCCUGCAACUCCAAAGAAGGACCCAGAAGUGACGGGAAUUUGCAGAUCCCCAAUGAAAUCUGCCGACUCUGAUUCCUUUCCUGGAGUUUCAACUCCAGGUAAAGGUAAGUCUCCUGUCGCCAAACUUCCUGCUGCCGCUCCGGGAUUCCCAAGGCAUGUUGGCUUCUCCCUGGGGUUGGACAACACAAAUGCCGCCCCUGUGCCCUGCCAUUAUUGCCCCAAAACUCGGUGUCAGUCCGCUGUCAAGACCUGUCUGGUGUGCGGCGCCUCCAUGUGUACGGAGCACCUGCGUCCCCACCUGGACUCCCCUGUCUUCCGGAAUCAUACCUUGGUUCCCCCCAUGGAGGAUUUUUCCCCCUGGAGAUGUCAGGAGCACCAGGAGAUAAACCGAAUCUACUGUCGGCAGUGUGGAGUGUGUGUGUGCACGGUGUGCACUGUCAUCGGCUCGCACCGCGACCACGUCUGCAUCAGCAUCAGGGAGGCAGAGCGAGAGCUCCGGGAGAACCUAAAAGAUGAAAUCCAACAACUGCAGGAGGCUGAACAGGAAGUGAAGAACAGGGUGACUGAACUCUCAGAGAAGAAAGAGACCUGCAAUGUGGUUUUAAGCGAGGCUCGAGCUGGAGUGCAGCAGCAGUACCAAGCCAUCAGAGAGGCCUUGGAGCAGGAGGAGCAAUUAGCUCUUCAGUGUGUGACCAAGGAGGAACACAAAGUUCUUGGGGGCCUUGAGGAGAAACUUUGCAACCUCCGCAGCUCCCUGCAAACCAUCCAGAAGGGACUCCACACCCUGGAGGGGCUGGCUGAUGCCAAAGGAGACAAACGCAUUCAGGACCAGCUCUUCAUUAUGGAAUACAACAAGGUCGCCCAACAGACUAGUAACAUGGGGAGCUUUGUGGACCACUUCAAGGCUCCAGAGGAGGUGGACCGGGCUCGGCUCAAAUGCCUGCAGAGUUGGACCGAGAAACGUCUGGACACAGUUGUCAUCAUUAUGCCCGGCAAACACAGAGACCUUUACAGACUACUCUAUGGUAUCAGUCCCUUCUUGGAUGCAGACACUGCUCAUCCCAAGCUGCAGCUGUCUGAUAACAAUAGGGCGGUGACCUACAGCGAAGCCCAGCAGGCCUACACGGACCACGAGGCUCGAUUCAGCUCCUUUCCACAGGUCCUGGCCCCCUCACCCCUGGAGGAGGGUUCCUGGUACUGGGAGGUGAAUGUGUCUAUGGACGAGGGCCGGUGGAAGGUGGGGCUGUGUGAGGGUCAGAUCGAGAGGAAGGGCCAGAAGGACAACUCUCGUCUGGGCUUCAACUCGUAUUCCUGGUGCCUGGCCUGCGACAGAAAGAAGGUGGAAGCGCUGCAUAACAAAGUGGCGGUUCCUGUGGAUGGAGACGGGCUGACCAGGGUGGGAGUGUUCCUUGACUUUGAGGAGGGCGUUUUGUCAUUCUUUAAUGUGACACCAGGGGGCAGUCUAGCUUUAAUGCAUUCCUACAAGCACAGAUUUACCAACCCUCUGUACCCGGCCCUGUCUGUGUCUAAAACACACCUGGCCAUCUGUGAUCUGUUUGAGUCAUAAACCGGGCAAUCCGUUGUGAUGGAAAUGUGUAGGCUACAGGAAAGUGUUGUGCCUUUUUUUAUUUUUUUUAUUUGUGAAACUGUGCUAAUCAUUAGAUUUCUUGUUGAUGAUAGUCAUGCACUGCAUACAAUGUUGCCUUUUUAUACACAUAGAUAUCACUCUCAUGACAUACAUUUGUCAUUAUAGUACUGAACCAUACAGUCACAUCUUUCAUUAUACAAUAUACUUGCAGCAUUCCGAAAAGUGGCAGCAUAUCCUUUUUUCACCGAAUUUUAAAUUUCAAUUCAUUGACGUUUUUACAUGCAAGUUAUUGGGGCAGACCAAUACGUUGUUUUAGAAUUCCCCAAAUGUUCUUCGUCUCAUCUGUUCUUUCUUCUUUUUUUUUUUUUACACAAUUAAAUGUCAAAGUUUCAAAAGCAAA